GCGUGCGGCGACUUCCUCGAGGCGCCGGCCGAGGAACUUGACAUUGGAUACAGCUCUUGGCUGCAGAAAGAAGCGAAGAGCAGAGGGUCCGAGGCCGACGCCGUCACGUUCCUGAUGUCCGCGGCCGUGCAGGAGGAGGUGGCGACCAUUGCCCGCGCCAUGCUGAUGACCAGCCUGGGCGUUGAGCGCAAGCGCGCAGCGGAUGAGAGAAACGAGGCGUCCAGACUCAUAACUAUCGGCCGGGCAAGUCGGAACGCGAUCUUGCGGCAGUACAUGGCGUGGAAGGAGACGGCGAUGGGCGCCCCUAAGCGCCCUGUGAAGCAGGUCAAGCAGCGCACGAACCCUCGCGCCGUGGCUCUGAGUUGGAACCCUGGCUUGGUGACUGCAGUGCCUUCUGAGAGCGGGAAGCGGCCGCCCGCGCUGUUCGUGGACGAGGAAGCGCUCGCGGCGUACAUGGCCGUGAACCGAGCGGCGCUGGAGGCAGAGGUGCAGCGGCGACGGCAGACCGCGCUUCGGCCAUUGAGCACCAACGGGCAGUUCCCUGUAUCAAACAGGGAGCGGUUGACCUGGCUGAAAGAGAACGAGGAAGCGUAUCGACGCUUCCAGACAACAGCGGGCUCCGCUCGCAGUUCGGCGAGCCAGAGAAUCGCGCCCGACAGGGAGUACCCUGCGUGCGCCAGGUUGCAGCCAGUCAGCGAUGAGCCCCCCGUGGCCUGGCGACAUCUGCUCAGCGCCUGGGCGCCCGGCUUCUUCUGUAUCCAGGCGGGCGCGACGAAAUGGGUAGUGUUCCACGUGUCCAGAGGAAAGCGCUCUCUGGUUGUACCCCUUCAUGCCGAGGGUGGAACUUGGGAGUUGGUCUUGACGACCAGCAUGUGCGACCAAUAUCUGGACGUGUACGAGUUCUGCGUGCGUUUCGGAGUGCCGUCAGCUGCCGUCGAUCUUGUGUCUGUAUACCGGCUUGGGCCUCGUUUGGAAUGCUCGUAUCCAGGCAAGAUGUUGAGCUUUCGGUUUCCGAUGGCUUACCUCGUGGAUGCGGGCGAUCUCCCCCGGAAGGCCCGGCGCGAGUCCGACGCCGAGGCGUCCGACUCCGACGAGGUGGAAGGCGCCCCCUCGGACGACUCCGACAUUCAAUCUCUCGCCAGCGAGGCCGACCCAGGGGCGGAGUCUGAGGCCGAGGGCGUUGACAUCGCGGAAGCCGCCGGGGGCGCCGCAGAGGAGGCAGAGGAGGCAGGGGGCGGCGAAGACGACGACGAGGCGCACGCGAAUGCUGAGAGGGAGCGGGUCGAGGGGCACCCGUUCGUGAUCUGGACCAAUGGGUUCUUCACUCUCAGCGACAAUCCAAAGUGGGGAGAUAUCAAGAUAAGAGCACUGCCCAGGUGGUGCGUCGAGGGGCUCAUGGGCGAAAAUAUACGAGGGGAUCCCACCAGACAGAUGCCCAAGGCCGUUGCGCCAGCGCAUUUUCACGAGCCUCGAGACCGACCGUCGAGGUCGCGCGCAGUCUUGCGCGCCUGGGCGCUCUGGCGCGCCAGGCAGAGAGGAUUCGCAGAGGGUUCUGCGUAUCGUCGGCGCGUCUUCGACUUGGAGCUGGGGAAACUGCGCGAUGAGUUAGCCGCCUUGGGGCACGGCGGCCGCGCUGGGGACGCAGACGCUGACGCGUGGAUCGAGGCGUGGGCCCCCGAGGCCCUCGCUUGA